GGGCGUGGCCUGUGCGUGACCCCGCCCCCUUCCCGCCGUGCGCAUGCGCCCGCUCGGGGCCGCCGCCAUUUUGUGCUGAGGGCGGGCGGAGGCGGCCGCAGAGCUGCAGGAUGGAAAACUAUAAGAAGACCAAAAUCGUGGAGAAGCCGUGUCCGCUGCCUUUCGCUGACCUGCCCCCUGACAUUAUUGAGAUGAAAGUGAAGGACGGGAGCAAAAUAAGGAACCUGAUGGGGUACGCCAUUGGCAAGAUGGAGCUGGACUCCGUGAGGCAGAUCCUCUUCACUGGCUCAGGCAAGGCCGUUAGCAAGACCAUUACGUGUGUGGAAAUCAUGAAACGGAGGCUGAAGGAACUCCACCAGAUCACCAAAGUGCUUUUUAAGCAGAUCGAGGAGAUCUGGGAACCCAUUGUGCCUGAGGCAGGCCUGGAUGCCCUGACGGUGAAGAGAAACAUUCCUGCCAUAUGCGUCCUGCUCAGCAAAGACGCCCUCGAUCCCCAGGAGCCUGGCUAUCAGGCUCCAGGUUCUUUCGAUGCCUUCUGGAUCGAGACGCUUAAAGCUGAGUCCCAGGCCCAGAUGAAGAGGAAGCAGGGUGGAGGAAGGGGAGCUGGCAGCACAGGAAAGCAGCCUCGCGCCACUGGAGGGCAUGGGGAGCCCGGCGUGAAGUCCUGAGACAGACACACGUGGGUGGUUUGGGGGAUUACGGAGCCAAACCAGCUGGAAAGCUGGAAAACUGCUGCUGAACACAGGGCCUUGCAGAGCUGCUAGGGGAGGGCAGGAGCAGUUCCUGCCCCAAACGGACGUAACAUUGUGCUGCGACGAGCUCCGGUGUCAGCGGCACCAGGCUGCACCGCACAGCCUGCGGCUCAGGGGUGAGACAGGAAGGCAGGAGGCUGCUCUGGGAGCGAGGAGCGCUGGCGUCUCUCUGAGCCCAGGCGAGCGGCCGGUCGCCGAGCGGGGAUGCUGCGAGGUGGAGGCGGCUGUGCUGUGGCAUGGGGGCGAGCUGUGACCCGAGCUGUGCCUGGCAGGCCCUGCUCUGCCCAUCGCAGUGGGGACACCGCGUGCGGGUCACCCCUUUCUGCCCCCCUCCCACCUCCCUGCAGUGCCGUGGGGGUGGGCGCAGGUCCCAGCAGGCACAAAGCCCUUGAGGCUGGGGCAGCGCUCAGAGUACACCCCGAACAACACUCAUAUCCCCUCUCUGCACCUUCCUGCUGCGUUGUGCCGGGUUUCAAUAAAGUUUCUUUUUCUCACUGCA